AUGGGGUUGAAGAAGAAGCAGCUCCAGUUCGAGCAGGAAAUCCUCUCAGAUAUCGAAUCUGAGCCGGAUAUCCCACGUCGUCUACAGUCAUUUCCGUUCUUCGAACUGCCCUCUGAGAUACGCCUGCGCAUCUAUCAUUUCCUCUUGUUUACACCAGCUCGGAAAAGUGCAUUGCAGCGCACUGGCAACGUCGGAGCCUCCGCGAAGAAGAGCAAGCCGUUAUCGCCAUCCUCACAGCGAGUCGCCUUGUUCCUCGUUUCGCAGAAAGUCCACGAUGAAGCCACACACUACUUCUACUCGACCCAGACCUUUCGAGUAUUCCCAGUGCAGGAUUUCUUGAAGAUGCCCACACUCCGCGCCUUGCCUCGUCGCCACCGGCCUUCCAUCACUACCAUCGAGCUGAUUGUGGGAUCGAGUUGGACUGCGCCACCACGGAAUUGGAUCGUGAAUCAGGGAUUAGGGUUACACGACAUGGCGCUUGCACGCACACUCAAGGUCUUCGUGCAGUGUGACCCAUCCCAUCCUGUGUUCGAAGGCUUCCGCAUCUCCGAAAAUUUCUAUACAGACUUCUGCGGGGAUCUCUUGCAGAAGAUACUGGAACGGCUACCUGGUUUAGUCCAGGUCGAGUUUGAUGCGUGGCCCUCUGUGGAGAAGAAUGGGCCUUUGAUGACACGCUUGCUUGCGGAAACUCGGCAUGCGCAGAAGAAGGUCCUCUGGGGCCCUGAUAGAGGAUGGACGGACUGGGAUGGCCAUCAUAAUAAAGACCGUCAUAAAAAAUACGUCAAUAAUGACGCUGACGCAGCCUUUGAUGGACUCCGUGCUCACCCUCCUGACGCCAUUGAGGGUUUGGCGAAGUCUCUUAAAACGGUCACUUUGGAAUCUUGA